AAUGCUUUUAUAAAAUUAUAAGCUUCAUGUUUCUGUAUUUUAAACCCUCCCAAAAUUGGCCCCAUUCACUUCCAUUGUAAGUGCUUCAAUCAAGUACUGAUGCAAUUAAAUGUUUUUGAAACGGAUUUCAUGAUAUACCCAGAACUUCACUCUUCAGGCCACUGCAUCGGGUCCAGAACCAGUCUGAUCUCGUGAAAUGUAUCUGACUAUGCCCACUUAUUUUGCAAGACUAAACUCGUUAUGAAUAAGCCGUGAGGGUUGGGCCUGUCACUACUCGAUCCGUACCGGAAACACGAUUGGUACUGCGCAUGUGCGAAAACUCAUAUUUGAUGUCACUUCCUGUCAUCGCUAACGUUUUUACGACAGUCUGCUCUACAGGUCGACUUUACUCUCACGAUUUGUACUGCGCAUGUGCUCGAUUUAUAGAAUCGAGUUGGAGAGUGAUUGAUUUAAAUAUGGAUUAUUUUGUGUUGUAUGUACAAAUUCAAGAAUUUCUCUUAAAAGGAGAAAUUCCCGACAAUCCCACAGAGCGUCGGAAGGUGAAACGGGCGUCUACGAAUUUCACUAUUAAAGACGACAGGCUCUUCUACAUCGGUCCUAGUAGGCAGUACAUGCGGCUAGUUGUCUUGUCAGAGGAAGAGAAGAGGUCUGUUCUAAUGGAGUGCCACAAUAACCCUGGGACUGGCAAUCACAGUGGUGUCAGAGGCACUCAAAACAGGGUUAUUGCUGGCUACUAUUGGCCUACAAUUAUCCAGGAUGUGAAAGAAUGGGUAAUGUACUACAUUGGUGGUACUUUUACUUUCUUAUUUUUCUUUUACUUUCUUUACAAGUAUCUAUGUUUAAGAAUGUGUCUAUAGUUAAGAAUGUGUCUAUUUUUGCCACCUCUGAUUGUUCGAUACCUCCUUGAUUUAGAAGUUAUAUUUAUUGUCAUCACCAACUUGUCCAUAUAUCCAUCAACUGGAUAUUUUUCUAGACAUUUUGUUAAAAAAUUAUUUUUGCUUUUUAGGUCAGAUCUUGUCACCACUGCCAGUUGAAUGACCCCAUCAAGACUGUUGUGCCAGUCUUGCAUUCCAUUAAGACACAUUGCAACCUUCACUGACCCAGGAUCCUGGACUGAAAAAACAGGAAGAGACCUUGAGUUUUUUCCUCAACAGUGUUCAGGGAAUUCCUGUGGUGUCUGCAUGCUGAUGUAUGCUCUCAGCACCUGUACAUUAUGUCCAUUAACAUUCACAGAGGAGGAGGUGCCAUUGAUUCGCCAGUGGUGGUGUAUUCAGCUGAUGGAGAGGUUUUGCCUAGAAGGUUAUGGACAGAGAUUUGCAUACUGGACAGAAGAAGCAUCCCAACUCCUUCAGGGAACCCUUGAGCCUGUCUUUAGGGUGUCCAAAUCCACCACCACAAACCUGUUGCCCAGCAGAAGAGUUGUGGUUGAAGAGAACGCUGAUAAGGUGCAACAGCAGGCCAUUGUAAAAGACCUUCAUGCAGCUUGGCACUGGGUUCACAAUCACAGAGACUUAUUCCAUGGGGAUGUGAGAGUGCCUGCAUUUCUGCAAAUGAACAGGGAUGAACAACAAAAUGCCCUCAGGAAGGUCCUGGGGGGUGAAUUCUCCAAUACAAAGGAUGAAUUUUUGUUUAUAUUUCAGUGUCAAAAGGACAUGGAAGUAUUUUUGUCAUACUGUGUUGAUGAACAAGGCUUGAAGGUCAAUGCCAUGUUCCAGUGAGUGAGUCAGUGAGGGAUGGAAGCAAUUAAUUAAUGUAUUAAAUAAAUU